GUCACUUGGGAAGGCUCACAAGCCACCGAACAACACUGUCAACGGGGUUUCGGGCAGACGGAUAAACCUCCUCGGGCAAGUAGUAUUAUUAUAGUUCACCACGAAGUUACUUAUCGUGUUAUUUCUUUAAGGACGGGAUUCGGAAACGGGAAAAAGUAGCCUUGCCCAUUACGGGUCAGGCGACGAGAUUAAAGCGAUCGCCUUUCCAUUGCUUUCGACGAAACUACCAGUGGGAUUCGUUCUGUUUGGUCAUCUAGAUGCGGUACGAAGCUAAAAUGAUGCCGGUGUUCCUGACAGUGUACCUUAGUAACAAUGAUCAGCAUUUUACUGAGGUGCCCGUUACCCCGGAGACGCUGUGUCGAGACGUGGUGGAGCUCUGCAAGGAGCCGGGCGAGGCGGACUGUCACCUGGCGGAGAUGUGGCGCGGGUCUGAGCGGCCAGUAGGGGACGGAGAGAGGAUGUUGGAUGUUCUCCAACGAUGGGGGCAGCACAGGGGGGAGGUGCGCUUCUUCCUCCGCCAUGACCGCGCGCCGAGCAGGGAGUCAGCCAGCUCACGGGGCUCGGAGCCCAAGAGGAACGGAGUGAAAGGCCCGCCCGACAGGAGGAUGGAGAACGGGGUGGCUGCCCCGCGGAUGGACAUGACCCUGGCUGAGCUGCAGGAGAUGGCCGCCCGGCAACAGCAGCAGAUAGAGGCCCAGCAACAACUGCUGGCUACCAAGGAGCAGCGGCUGCGCUACCUGAAGCAGCAGGAGCAGCGGCAGCAGCAGCAGGCCUCGGAGCAGGAGAAGCUCCAGCGGCUGCGGGACAACGUGGAGAACCAGGAGGGCCGCCUGAAGAAGGUGCGGGCCCUCAAGGGCCAGGUGGAGCAGAAGCGCCUCAGCAACGGCAAACUGGUGGAGGAGAUCGAGCAGAUGAACAGCCUGUUCCAGCAGAAGCAGCGGGAGCUGGUGGUGGCCGUGUCCAAGGUGGACGAGCUCAGCCGGCAGCUGGACAUGCUGAAGAACGGAAAGAUGGACGCCUUCCACGACAACCAGAGCUCCGUUGCCGAGCUGGACCGCCUGUACAAGGAGCUGCAGCUGCGCAACAAACUGAACCAGGACCAGAACUCGAAGCUGCAGCAGCAGAGGGACAGCCUGAACAAGCGUAACCUGGAGGUGGCCGCCAUGGACAAGAGGGUCAGCGAGCUCAGAGACCGCCUGUGGAAGAAGAAGGCGGCGCUGCAGCACAAGGAGAACCUUCCGCCCCAGCACCCCAGCCAUUCAGAACAGACCUCUACCCACAAUGGCUAUCCCGUUAAAGAGAGGGCAUCAAAGGACCCUCACCCCCAGCUGCCCUCCGAGGGUCCCGGGGCGCAGCAGUCGGGCCCGUCCCGUGUGGCCGCGGUGGGCCCCUACAUCCAGUCCUCCACGGUCCCCCGGGGGCCCGUCAGACACGAGCUCCUGGUGAAGCCCGCCCACCCGGACGGCACCGCCACGCUGCCGGCCCCAGACCCGCAGGGCAAGGCGGGCACCGGCCCGCAGUCUUCCAAGCUGGCUGAAUGGGGCCCUUCGGGGCCCGAGUCAAACACCAACGGACACGGGCAGUCCGCCACGCUGCCACGGAUGCCUUCUCACGCAUCACCCAUCGCAGAGCCAGAUGAUCCAGAGCAGAAGAGGGACAGGAAGGUGCGUCCCUUCUCAAUGUUUGAGGCCACGGAACAGCCCUCAACCGGCCUGCGCAAGAACCAGAGUAGUGACGACCUGGUCCGAGACGCCCAGGCCGCCAAACACCCGGUCAAGGUGCCCCCGCCCGUGCCCAUCAAACCCAAGGGCCCGAACGGAGCCCCGUACGGCAAGCCGGGCCUCAACACGGGCACCUUCCCCAAGGCCAAGCCCUCCUCGUCCGGCCAGCAGCAGCAGCAGCAGCAGCAGCAGCAGCAGCCCCAGGCCCCUGCCCCGGGACGGCUCCCCCUCCCCGUCAACCAGAGUCAGACGCUGCCGCUGCCCUCCAAGCAGGACGCGCCGCCGGCCGCCACCGUGAGGCCCUUCACCCCCGAGCUGCCCAACUCCAAGCCCCAGACCCAGACCGCCAGCUCCAUCUACUCCAUGUACACCCAGCAGCCCGGCUCGGCCAAGCCCUUCCAGCCCAGCGUGCAGGGGGCCCUCACCAGGGCGCAGUCCCGGGGCAACGGCUUCGUCAGCGUGUACGGCAAACCAGUGAUUGCGGGUCCCCAGUACCCAGAGAACCCGUACAUGGACCAACGCUCUUUCGACCAAGAGGUGGACCACAACGGAGCCGGCCCGGCCUCCCAGGGCCCCCCGGGCCCCAGCGUGGGGGGGGCGCCGCCCGAGACGGAGCGCACGCCGCGGCCCCUGAGCCCCACCAAGCUGCUGCCGUUCAUCUCCAACCCCUACCGCCACCAGAGCGACGGCGACCUGGAGGCCCUGCGCAAGAAGCUGUACAACGCCCCGCGGCCCCUGAAGAAGAGGAGCUCCAUCACGGAGCCCGAGGGCCCCGCGGGGCCCAACAUCCAGAAGCUGCUCUACCAGAAGGCCACGCUGGCCGCCUUGGAGACCAUCAUCAACACGCCCAGCGGGGAGCCCGAGAGGGCCCCCCAGGGCGGUGGUGGGGGGUCGCAGGGGCCGUACAGCCACCCGGAGCGGGGCAUCCCCCGCCAGGACGAGGAACGGACUCCGGCGCAGCGCGGGGCCCAGCCCCUCCGUCCGCCCCGGCCCCGCGCCCCCGGCGGAACACACCAGACCGCCCGCCCGGGGGACUUCACCCCCCCCCCCCCCCCGGCCCACCCGGCGCCGAGGAUCGACGAGUCGCUGUUCCCGCCGCCGCCGCCGGCGCUCCUGGAGGAUCAGACGGCCGCCAGCCCGCCUCCUCCCCCCCCGCCGGAGGGCUUCCCGGAGGAGUUCCCUCCGUACCCGCCGCCCCCCUACCCCAGCGGCGCGGAGGAGCAGGGUCUGACGGAGGACUCCUUCAACAUGAGGGCCCCGGAGGUCACCGGACAGGUUCAGCUGCCGCCGGGCAAGCGCACCAAUCUGCGCAAGGACGGCUCGGAGCGCAUCGACCACAGCAUGAGGGUGAAGUUCAACCCCCUGGCCCUGCUGCUGGACUCCUCCCUGGAGGGGGAGUACGACCUGGUGCAGCGGAUCAUCUACGAGGUGGAGGACCCCAGUCAGCCCAACGACGAAGGCAUCACCGCCCUGCACAACGCCGUGUGCGCCGGCCACACGGAGAUCGUCAAGUUCCUGGUGCAGUUCGGGGUCAACGUGAACGCGGCUGACAGCGACGGCUGGACGCCCCUGCACUGCGCGGCGUCCUGUAACAACGUGCAGGUGUGUAAGUUCCUGGUGGAGUCGGGCGCGGCGGUGUUCGCCAUGACCUACAGCGACAUGCAGACGGCCGCCGACAAGUGUGAGGAGAUGGAGGAGGGCUACACCCAGUGCUCCCAGUUCCUCUAUGGUGUGCAGGAGAAGAUGGGCAUCAUGAACCGCGGCGUGGUGUACGGCCUGUGGGACUACGCGGGCGAGAGCGAGGACGAGCUGGCCAUUCUGGAGAGCGAGAGCAUGACGGUGGUCCGGCGGGAGGACGAGGACGAGGUGGAGUGGUGGUGGGCGCGCAUGGGCGACGCCACCGGCUACGUGCCCCGCAACCUGCUGGGGCUCUACCCCAGGAUAAAACAACGGCAGAGAACGCUCGCGUAGACACAACAACUACUACCUGGACAUUACUCAUCCGCCAAAUUUGGAAGAAGUAUCUUUUAAACGACGCACAGCUCGCCAUGUGUCCUAGAGACAAACGUGCACUAAAACCAUGCACAUGCGUGGGCACGUGUACUAAAGACAUGCACAGGCGUGGUUGUUUGAACCACCGGCGUACAAAUGGGGCCAAGAAGCAAAUGAAGAAUGGAGGAACGAGAAGAAAUGAAGGAUAUUUUCUAAAGACUAUGAACACUAGUAUACACUACGUCUGGGCCCCGUAUCUUUCUACAAGGACAGGGCUCCCCUGGCACUUUCCUACACCUCCAACAGAGGAUUUCCACACUUUUUCCACAAUAUUUUCCAGGCUAGUCUGUGUAAUGUGUUGAGGGGACGAGACGAAUGGCAUUAUAUAUAUUAUAUUAUAAUUAGUUUCUAUUUUUAUGUUUUUGAUUUAUUUUUUUCCUAACCUUGUCAUGAUCACAUUUAUAGCAUCUGGGACAGUAUAGACAGAAAAGUGACUGUGAUUCAACUGUUGGUGUGUAAAUCGAACAAGCAGUAUUUGUAACGCUUUGAGCUAUGCUUUUGAUUACUCCCCCUCCGCCCCGUUUUAACUACAAGGUGAUGAUGGAACUCCCGCUCAUUGUAGGAUAUAUUUCGGUUACCAUGACAAUCCUCUUGGGGCUUUGACCUCAACUCUGUUGAGUAACCAUGAUUUCAUGGGCGUGUCGUAUGUCUAAAAAUGUAUGUCUUAUCCCUUGUAAUGGAAGAAGAACUAAAAUGCAGUCAUUGAUACGUUGUUUUCUAGGAAUAAUGGCAGCGCUGUUGUUGCAUAAACAUGGCUUUUCCUUGUUUUAUAACAACAUUGCUUCUUUCACUCACUCCACUCUCCUCCCUGGUGUAUGACGCCUGGAAACCAAACUGACGCAUCUUCCUUUGCACAGACUUGGCGAUACGGUUGAGAUACCAGAGGACACAUUGUUUUUCCUUUCUUUUAAUUGUUGUCACGGCAAACAUUAAGCUAAUGCUACAGAAUGCAACACUUGUACAGACGGCUUUGUGGAAAUACAUCCAUUGGCAACUAAAAUGGAAAUGUAUGAACUAAUUUUUUGUUUUGCGUUUUUUUUAUCCCAGCUGGUCACAGAUGUAGAAAAAGUAACAAGAACCACAUUUUUUUUUGUCAAAACAGUAAUAUCACCCACUUCAUUCGGGCUGACAAGUCCAAGCAUAUUUGAAGAGAUUUUGAUGAAUCCUCUAUUGAAGUCACCGCUUACGUUACUGAGAGCCCACCAAAAGCAUAUCACUGUCAAAGCAGAUGUAUUUAUUUUUGUUACCUUUUACUAUUGUUUUUUUUUUUCUUGUCAAGACUAUGUUGUAACCACACAUGUAGGAUUUUCAGAUAUUUACAAUAAAAUACUUUGUACUAAGAA